AUCAUGGAACUUGAGCUCUGGAAGAGAGACGGCGGCCGCUUCGUUUGCCUCGAACAGCAUGCGAGCGAGGCAAGAAGCUGCGGCAAGCCUUUCGUGUCAAAGCAAGCUUUGGAAGGCCACCGGAAGCGGACGGGGUGUGAACCCUGGAAACUCCCAAGCAACCGCGCGCCCUCCAAGUAUCACGGCCUGGGGCCAGAAGCUGCGAGUCGCCAGCUGAAGCGCCAAAGCAACAGGGCAGCCGUGUCCAAAUACAGAACGACGCUCGACGGGGAGCGGGCCGUCCAUCGCGCGCGGCACAUAGCCAACUACCGCCUAAUGGCGCGUGAUGCCGUGCCCGCUCCCCGGAUGCCCAAAGCACCGGCUUACGUGCGGCCGCCUAUCUCAUAG